ACCUUUGCUCUGUUCUCUCACAAGACGCACUUUCCCGUAGGCAUAAACUUCUCUGUCUGAACCAGAAACCUCCAUUGUUACAUUCCUCAAGCUCCAUUGUUUCCACCCUUUUGUUCUCAUCAACCAUGGCUACUGCUUUACUCCUUUCGCUGCUCAUUCUCGCCUUGACUCGCCACUCAACAGGAGCGGUGUGGUGCGUUUGCAAAGACAGUGUAGGUGAAGCAAGCUUGCAGAAGACAUUGGACUAUGCUUGUGGAAACGGUGCUGACUGUAACCCUAUCCGUUCGAACGGACCUUGUUACAACCCCAGCACGGUUAAGGCACACUGCAAUUAUGCUGUCAACAGCUAUUUCCAGAAAAAAGGCCAAGCUCAAGGCUGCUGUGAAUUUGCUGGCACCGCUGCUAUCACUUCAACCGACCCUAGCUCUAAUGGCUGUUCUUACCCCUCUAGUGCCGGUGGCACUGGCACGGGCACGGGCACUGGCACGGGCACAACACCAACAACUCCGGGGACGAGUACAAAUCCAUCAAUCACCACGCCCACCAUGAACCCGAGCACCAACAUCCCGAAGGGGGGCACAACACCAUAUGGUUCAACAACACCAACCGGAGUGUUAGGAGGAGUGGGCACUGGCUUAGGCCCAUCCGGAACAACCAGCACGACCAACACCGAUUACAGCCAUGGAGGGUUUCGGCUUCAACCCAUUUAUUCCCUGACAACCCUCAUGUUUUCAGGCUUAAUGCUAUUACAGGGUUGACAAUAACAAUAGACCACCAAUAUCUUCUAUCUAAGGACAUGUUAAAGCUAUCUAAGGUUUUUAUUUUUUUAGUCUUCUUCCCCACAUUAGAUGAACAUGAAAACGGGGAUUCUAUUUCUAUUGAGAGCAUGGUUUUUGUGGUGCCCGAUGGGUGCAUUAUCUAUUUAUUUUCCUUUUCGUGUUUUGAUGUAAAUCUAGUUCUCUAGGGCUGAAGUAAAUUAUCAACUAAAACAGAAAUUGGCGCCA